AUGGUUCAAUCCCAACUUGUUCACCCCAAUGUCCAGAUAACUGAAAUAACGAGAGAGUUCUGCCGUGCUGCAUCGAAACUAGCCGCGGGCAAGCUAGUCAAAGAUGAGCACUUCACGCUAUAUGAGGCCGUCAGCGCCUUGGAGAUCGGUGAUCCGAAGAUGGACAGUGGGUGUACCGCUUUCGACGCGGAAAGCGAUGAGGAGUUCGACCCUGCCAGGAGCGUAUCCGCGGAGGAGAUAAUAUGGUUGAUGGAUCAGUUGAUGUAUCGCGAGGUGGCAUGGCAUAUGGGAUACCCUCUGUCCCAGACUCUCUUUACAUCCAUACACAUUGAACGACUCCUCUGGCCCCAACCAAAACAAUUCUCUGACGCUUGCUUUUGGAGAGAUCGUCCCAGUACCAAAGAUGUGCCUUCACUGCUACAUGCCGUUUUUCAGGCCUAUUGUGUUGGCUUGAUCAAAUCUUGUGACCUAGUUCUCUCAAUGGUGGCGAGCCAGCAUUUUUACGAGGAGGAGGACUUCGCGCCACAGAUAUACAAUCGGCCUCUUCUACAUGACUUCUCCAUUGGAGAGGUGAUGGACUCGUUGCAGGAUGCACGUGCCUUUCUACAAAAUAGUAACCUCCCGCAGCCCUUGAAAGGAGCAUUGACGGACAGGGUGGACGGACGAUCUGCUUUCCUGCUGCUACUGCACAGUUGCGAGCUCCUCGAACGACCUGCCAACUCAACUCUGGAAAGAACUCUGGCUCUGAUCAAGGCAAUUGAAGAGACAUCCAUUCUCGGUCGCCCAACCCCAACUGUUUCUUUCACUUUGAAGUUGCAACGGGGUCUGGCAAGCAGUGUGCCUCCAAGACCGAUGAUAGUUAUUGAGAAGGAGAAAGCCUUUUCUUUCUUCCGUCAGCUCGUUACGGACAUUACCACGGCAUUUCAGUUGCUUGACAUAACGUCCAGCAGUGACCUCCUCGUUGCUUAUCAGAUGUUCAUGGCGCAGACGUCGCAACCUGCGGUGUAUGCUCGAGCCUUCCUACAGUCCUUCUUGAACAUUGAUAACGCGGUGCUGGGGCGAUAUGCCAUCAACGACUUCGUCAGUGAGGACAUUCACUCCCUUACACUUCCUACCGCUCUGUCUUUUGGGAGCAGCAACAGCGAAAUUGAAGACAUUCCAGAUCACCAGCACAUUGAUCUCCUCGCUAAAGUGGAUCUUUUUCUGAAUCGCUGCGGACAGUCAUUCCUUAAUUUUUUUAGGACAUACUGUCUGAACCGCUGUCGGGUACGACGCUCAAUGUGUCACGCAGCUCUUGAGUGGGAUCAGAUUCAAGCGGAGGCCGAGGACCUGGACGCGUUUAUACAAUCGCUCCUGGUUGAGCAGCCCGUUCCUUACCCCAAUGGCGAGGAACCCACCUUUUCAUACUCCUUCAGCAGUUGGGUAUAUCACUACAAGCUGAUACAACUUCGCACCAUCCUUCAGAUGGGAUUUGAACUUUCCGUGUAUGCUCCGCACGAAUUUGCCGAGAUGUACUGGUAUCUCUCCUUUCUAUCCAACUCGCACCUCUCUCACCUCGAAAGAAUCAGCUUCUUUGUGUCCUCGAGUCGACAUGUGGAUGCACGCCGGCGAGACGAGGUAGAAGUUACUCUGAAGCGAUUGUACCACCAUUUCACUUGGCUCAAGGCCACAGAGGCUCUCGCAAAAGCUCUGCACCGCGUCUUCGUCAUCAUCCAACGCCAUGGUCAUCUUCACAAGCCUUCACCCGCGUACGCAUCAGACCGCUUACGGUACGAGCUGAGGAUGCGACCGUUUCUCAACCUCUCCAUUCCCGAACCCGUCGACUUUGAUGUGGCUCAGCAGUCCUGCUCGUUACAGGAUCUACCUGAUGCGUCUGUCCUCGAUCAGGCAACCAAUUUGGUACAGACCGCAAGAAAAGCAUGGGAGGAAGUUUUGAGGAACGGCUGGGAGUCCACGCCUCCCCGGCUCGCGGAUCCCAAACCUGGAACUGGGGCAGCAGGGAGAGUCAAAGCAGUCGCACCGAUAGUAGAUGGCGAAUGGACACAAGACGUGCGAAACUCUAUGAAGUCAUGUAUAGGCACGGCGAUUGCGAUAGCUUCACUAAGCAAAGCUCUACAAGCCACGGGCAAAAGUACCACAGGCGGCGGCAUCUCGAGUCUGAAGGUGGAAAUUCCGCCAGUCGGUGAUCGCGAUCGCUGGCAUGUAGCAUGGCCUGUACCCAAGAUUUCCAGCUGA